UUAGGGCUCUUCGAUUUCCUUGUAUUCCAGAAUGGAAGCGGGCGUUCCAAGCGCCAAGAAAGCCCGGCGGCUUCCCGAGGUCCUCGUCCCAACAGUGCCAUCGCAAUCCAUGGUAGGUCUCGUGAAAUCCACGCAGCAGCAGCAGCAGCUACCGAUGAUCCAGCCCUUCCAAUUCCAGCCGCCGCCGCCGCAAGAACGCAAGCGAUCGAUGCUCACGCCGGCGCCUCCUCAGGGAGCCCCGAUCUACCACUUCUACCAGCACCAAAUCCAGCAGCAGCAGCAGCAGCUCCAUCGAAUUCCCUCCCAGAAUCUCCAGCAGCCUCCCGUUCCAAGACGAAUCCACAAAAGGAUCGAAGAGUUCCACGACGACAGAGAGCCGCCCUCGAAUCCUCCAUGGGCCACCGCCCCCGCUGCGAUGCCUCUCCCGGUAUCUCUCACCAUGCCUCUCCAUGCGCUCUCGCCAACGAGCUACGCGGCCGCCAUAGCUUCCCCGCCACCUCCUCCAAACGCUGGCCCGGUACGACGAGUGGGAUCAAAGCGAGCUCCAGCGCCAGCGACGGAAGAUUGGAGAUUUGCCAAUGGUGGCGGUAUGAAUUUCAUGGCAGGGCCGCCGCCACCGCCGCCACCUCCGCCAGGAGCUCGCGCUCCUGGAGGAUUCUUGGUAUCGCCGGCUAGCUUUGCGGGACCGGUUAGCGUGUCCGUGGCUGGAGGGGCGUCGCAAAGGAUGUCUUCCACCCCAAGUCCUCGGCUCUCUCCCGUGACUACUACGAGCACUGCCAAUCCUGCUAGAGCUGCUGCGAUUGAGAAGAGAAGAUCCAAGCUCAAACAAGUGUCCGCUGCUUACCACCUGGAGUUGGAGUCUCAGUGCCAAAAACUGCUGCUCCUCCAGCGCGAGUGCCGAGAUAGCGAUUGUACUGCUGCUGCUGCUGCUGCUCGAGAUGUUUCGGGUAUCGCAGUGUGAGUGAACGACGAGCUUCCGGGUUUCUAGAUUUUC